UGGAAGACUUGAUUAUAGUCAAUUUUGUAACCAAGUACCGUAUCCCAAGUCCGCAAUCAUAUGACAUAAUACGUCACGUGUUCAUCACGUUCUAAAAUUACUUCCUCGAGAGGGGAACCACGAAUCAGAUAUAAUUAAUUUUAUUCUCAAUCUCGUUGCCCUCUGAUCUUACAAGUAGUUGUGUUACGGGAUGAAAGUAGUUCCGAGAUGAUUGUGGUGCUCUGGAUGAGGAGGUAUCCCAACCCAGCGAUGCUCAAAACAGAAACCAAGCAUCACCCCGUAACAUUUAUUUAUCUUAAUUGACAUCCUAAAGAACCGAAAUCGGAAGUACUGUAAACGUUCGAUAAAUUCAAAUUAAGUCAGACCUUACUCCGAAAUUUAGGUUCAGCCUCACAUGUCGCUUCUCGCUACCUAGCACACCGCACCAACCAACACUCAACCACCGGCCACCACUCGUUUGCCAGCGGCCUUGAGCUUGAGUCACUCAAUCUUUGGUCCCUCUUCACUCAGCAUCCUACAUAGUCUCUUUCUACAGUAGCAACAAGGAUCAGUACCUCGCAAUUUUCCCUGCAGAUAGCUGCUGCUUGCAGGAGCUUUCCCCGCAUUUCAUGGGCACACGACAAGGCUGAGCCCCACCUCACAACCAACAGUGAAUUGAGCUCGACUCCAACGGAGAAUAACGAACAACUUUCCUCGCCUCACAAAUCGAUUUCAGUAUUACAACACUCGACGUUUGAUUUUUCAAAGUAUUUGGUCUUCACUUUUUCCUAUAAUCGAAGCUUGAGUAUCUGCGAAUCGAAAGUACGACGCUGCCUCCAAGAUCCAUCGCGGGGUGUUGGUUACGGUUACAUUUGCCUCCUCGACCUCUCCAUAUUUCGACUACAUAUACUCCAAGCGGGCACCGCAGAUUGCGAGGUGCGGCAUAUUGAAUCUGUAAGGCGGAUACACAAGCGGAAUAUUGAAAGAAACAGAACGAGGACACACUGCGAACGAUUGCGAGUUGGGCAAACGCACAUAGGGAGAUAGAGCAAGUUGGAAGGAAGAUAGCAGAGAUGGUGAACGCCGAUGUCCCACACGACCCGGCGAAGGCGCUGGAGUACAAGGAGAGUGGGAAUAAAUGUUUCCAGGCUGGUGAUUAUGUACAAGCUGAAGCCUUGUAUUCGAAAGCCAUAAACCACGACCCCUCCAACCCCCUCCUCUACACCAACCGCUCCAUGGCCCUCCUAAAACUCCACCUCUACCCCCGCGUAAUCCUCGACACCCGCCAAGCCAUCACCCUCCUCCCCCAUAACAUGAAAGCCUACUUCCAACUCGCACAAGCCCAAAUCGCCCUCGGCGACCCCGCCUCAGCUCUCACAUCCGCGAAAAAAGCCCACGGGUUCUGCGUCGAGGAAUGCCACUCCGGCGGUAAGGGCGCGAGUAGUAUAGGGCCGAUUACAGAGUUGGUACUGCGUGCGAAGAAGGAGGAUUGGGAGAGGAGGGAGGAUGAGAGGGUUAGGGGGAUGGAUGGACUGCUUGGAGAGGUGGUGAGGGGCAUGGAGAGGAGUAGGGAUGGGGAGGUGGGGGGUUUGAAGGAGGUGGGGGAGGAGAGGGAGAGGAGGGUUAAGGAGAUUGUGGAGGUUUGGGAAGGGAAGAUUGAGGAGGUUAGGAGGGUGUGGGAGAGUACGGAGGGGUGUGAGAAGGUGGAGAGGAGGAGGAAGGUGCCGGAUUGGUGUGUGGAUGAUAUUACGUUUUCGGUUAUGUUGGAUCCUGUUGUGACCAAGACAGGACAAUCCUACGACCGCUCCUCAAUAAUGGAACAUCUCCGCCGUUCUCCAACCGACCCUCUCACUCGCGAACCUCUACAAGUCUCUGAUCUGCGGCCGAAUCUGGCAUUGAGGGCUGCGUGUGAGGAGUUCUUGCAGGAGAAUGGCUGGGCUGUCGAUUGGUGA